AUGGGAAUUCGUUAUCUGCAAACUUUUAUGGAUCGUAAGGUGAAAGGUGGUAUAUAUAGCCUACGUAUAGAGAAUGAGAUCAAGAAUGCUCUGAAACGAAACCAAAAACCAUUGAUAGUCAUUGAUCUGAUGGCAUUGUUCGGUCUGUUUUCUUCCGACAAACAGAGCCUUCUAUGCGGCAGUCAGGUAUGGCUGAUGGAACGUAAGGCAGGCGAAUUUUUUGAGCGCCUCACGAAAGCUGGUGCCGAGUUAGUUUUUUUCUAUGAUGGCUCCGUGCAACAAAUCAAGUAUGAAACGUGGGUCAAACGACAAAACGAUAAGUACGAUCGAAUGAUUGAUGUUAUCGAUGCAAUUAAUCGACGGACACCUCUGGCGCAAAUAGUAGAACAAUGCGUUCGCAAGAUCCACAAUAACACACAGCUCAAACUGAAGCGAGUGGCUAUGCAGCAUGGCAAAUGCAUCGUAUCGAUGCAUGUAGAAUGCGACCAGGCAUUAGCGGCAUACGCGACGGAACACAAUGCAUUGGCGGUUAUUUCGCAUGAUACCGAUUUUCUAAUAUUUCCGGGUGAAUGGCAACUGUGGUCCUCGGAUCAUUUGGACUGCAACGAACUGACCACGCGCGGAUACAACAGACCAGCGUUGGUCCGAACUCUUGGGCUUCGGUGGCCUCAAAUGGCCGUGUGGGCAACGCUCGCUGGAAAUGAUUUCUUUACGUACGAGGAAGUGCAACCAUUCCACCAGAGUCUUGGCCAACAUUACCAGAUAUAUUACAAACUUGUUGAGUACGUGCGAACGCUGCCGAUUAAGAAUAAGCUACAAAAGGCUGCCAUACCCUCCAUCAUCGCACGUGUUUACAAAAACAGACCUAUUCCGGCGGAUGCCACCGAGUGUUUUACGUCAAGUCUAACAUUCUACCAAAUUGACGAACAAUCGUUAAACGCAAAUCCACCGAUGGAACCGAUGAAAGCGUUUCUUCUAGAGGCAGACCAUCAAUUUGUGUAUAACAUACUUACUGGGGCUCGGCAUCACUUUACGUUAUACUAUUUCGAUUACCGUUCCACCGAGUUUGGGAACUACUUUGAAAUUGUCAAGCCGAUUAUAUCCCGGAUUGGUGGUAUCAUCCUAUACCACCAUCGCGAUGAAAGACAACACCUGGUGGUCGCAGCACAGCGAAGCCAUGGUGAAUCACACUGCGUCGGUGAUGUUCCCGCCACGUUCCCGAAUACCAUCACACCGCCUCCUAUUAUGGAGCUUCUCUCACCGGACCCCGAUAUACGGGCCCGAUUGCUCGACGUUAAACUGCAGCUGCUGUGUUGGGUUUGCUCGGACAAUCUGCUCGAUCAGCUGCAGGAUUUUUUGAACGUGCCCAGCUCUCUCAUGGUGACCGUACUAGUGCUGUAUCGCCUGCGUCAGUAUGGUGUCUUGCGCAUAUUCGAAGCGGAUCUGUUGUUGUUAAUCGCUCAUCAACAUUCAACGGGCGAGUUUGAUUCGUCUCAGGAACCGCAACCAGAUAGCUUGUUACCACGCGCUUUUCGAUUAUGUUUCCUUUUUCAGAAAGUGUACACACAUUUCGCUCGAGUGGCUAAGGCGAUUGGACUUCAGCGGGAGUAUCGACCCUCAAUGCCGUACGACGGACACCGGUUCCACAAUCAGUACCGUGUGUGGAAUGGUACUCGUAUAGACGAGCACCAAUUGGCUCCGAUUGCGGCGUGGCGUUUGUACACGAAGGCCGAAAAAGCAAAAAAAAAUAAGUUAAAAUCAUAGGUUGUAACUUUUUUAUCUUAUAGAAAUUACUUGGCCAUUUGGAAUAUCGAAUGAUUUAUUUUAAGUUCAGUGGCAGAUGCUGUAAAUUGUUUUACACUAAGGUGCUGUAACA